AUGGCCGUCUUUGCCUCCGGCUCAGGCUCCGCCUCCGCUCGGGACGCGGAUGCCGGUGCGAGAGUAUUAGAAAUCAGGAAGGAGUUGGAGGCGGACUGCGGCCAUCUCUCCGCCUCGCAGGCGGACCUCCUCGCCCGCGCCCACUUCCUCGGCGGCGGCGAGGAGGAGGAGGAGGCCGAGGUGUUCAGCACGCCGCCUCUCACACAGCAGGACCCGCAGAGGCAGGGCCAAAGCCAGCGAGGUCAGGCGGGGGAGGGGGAGGACGGCAUCGCCAUGUGCUCCAUGCCCUUCACCCAGACCCAGCCUUCCUCCCCUUCUUCCGCUUCCUCCUCUUCCUCGGAUAGCCUGGAGCGGAAGCGGCGGAAGCCGCGGAAGCCUAGGAUCUGCACGAGGAAGGUGAGAGCCGGCGCCAAGAUCUGGACUCCGACUGCGACUCCGACUCCGACUCCGAGCCCCAGCCCCGAACUCGACCCUCUCGUCAGGAGCGUGCUCAUGGUCCCCACCGCUCCUCUUCCAACCACCGGUCAUAAGGAUAUCCUCGAGCUUGCUCGCAGCCGCGGCAUCUUCUGA